CUAGAAUACAGAUUCUGAUUAAUUGCAAUAGUAAAAGUAAAUUAUAUAUUACAAUAUCCAGUUCGGUAACGAAAAUAAACAAAUAAGAUAUUACUUAUUGUACAAUAACCUGCUAUUGUACAUUCAUCCACGAAGACCAUAAAAUGGCCAAGAAGACGUAUGAUUUAUUGUUUAAGUUACUUCUUAUUGGUGAUUCAGGGGUCGGAAAGACUUGCGUCCUGUUUCGAUUUUCUGAUGACGCAUUCAACACAACUUUCAUUUCAACCAUAGGUAUUGAUUUCAAAAUCAAGACAGUUGAAUUAAAUGGUAAAAAGAUUAAACUGCAGAUAUGGGAUACUGCUGGCCAAGAGAGAUUCCAUACAAUCACCACCUCAUAUUACAGAGGGGCAAAUGGAAUUAUGCUCGUCUACGAUAUUACCAAUCCGAAAAGUUUUGACAAUAUAUCAAAAUGGUUACGGAAUAUUGAGGAGCAUGCUAGCGAAGACGUGGAAAGAAUGUUGCUCGGGAAUAAAUGCGACAUGGAAGAAAAGAGAAUGAUCAGCAAAGAAAGGGGUGAACAGAUUGCACGAGAACACGGAAUCAAAUUCUAUGAAACCAGCGCCAAGAAUAACAUUAACAUUGAAAAAGCUUUCAUGACGCUCGCCACAGAUAUUUUGCACAAGACUCCAAACAAGGAAAGUGAUGGUGGAGCCAGUCCGUUCCCACCAUCUCAGAAGCAACAGAGUAAAGGCUGCUGCUCUUAGAAAAAAAGAAUCUUUAUUUUAUACCCGAUGGAUUCAUCCUCAUUUAUCUGGAUGUCACCAAUCUACCAAAAAAAGAAAUAUAUGUCUUUUCGAUCUAUAUUUGUAAAGUGUAUUAAAGCUUUACUUUAUAAGGGCAAGCUUCGCUUAACCCAAAGUCAUAAUUAUACUCAGAGACGCUGCGCUGUCAGUGCGUCUUUGAUGUGAUGUACGUUUUUUUUUUUUUUUACUUUAGAAAAUUAAGUAAAUGGUAAUUAUUGUAAACUAUGUUCCAUAUAAUAAUAUUAUUGCUUAUCAUCUAUCGCCCCCAUGUUAGUAAUGUCCCGUUUUUUUCAAACUCUCGUGAGAUGGAAAAGUAAAACUUUUUGAUUGCCAAUGACUUCACAGUCUUGUCACAAUAGCCAUAAGUAGUAUAAUAUAAUGUUGAGCUGAUUCUGGCCUUCAACGGCCUUGGAGUGUUGGUGGAAUUAACCCGCACUUUUUCAUGGAUCUUCAUAUUGUAUAUUGCGUUAAACUAAAAGCUCUUUACUUCCAAAUGUCUCCCGAUUUAACAAAAAAUAUAACAAUAAAUAAAAGUAAAUGUCACAUUAAAUGUUACUCAUUGAUAGUUAGGGCUGAGCAUUUUCGAAUACCUUAUGAUUUCAGAAUUGAAUCGAACAUUUUUUUUCGAAUCGAAACAAAUCUUUAAUAUAUGAAAGAUUUUUAUGUGACUUGUUAUUGUAAUGGCUCCUCCAGACACUUUAAUUACUAAAAACAUAGAAUUCAUCAUUCAGAUAGUUUGUUGAACUCACCAGAAAGAAAAGAGUCACAUUUCAGAAUUGCAUUCUAAAAAUAUUCCUUCAUCAAAAAAAAAUUUCACCCUGAAUUCACCUUGAGCUCUGGCAGAUAAAAAAAUAAGAUGGCGGCGAUUAAAAUUUCAGUCUGAAACGAUUGGAGUAAUUUACUAUUCAAUUCGAAAAACCAGGCUAAUUGAUAGUUACCAGAUUUGAGCCAGUAUAUCAAAUUUCUCGUCUGCACCCUCUCACAGAACAUACAAAAUGAAGCGCUUCUUAUGUUUGGGUCAUUUCUAGUUUACUUAGGAACAUUGCUCUCUUAGUAACAUAGAUAUAAUAAUAUCUUAUUGACUUAUCAUAAUAACGUUAUGUUUUUUGUGUUCAUAUUUUUUCUAAAUAACCUAGGUUAUAUUUCUAUAAUAAUUUUGAAUUAAUAUCUUGCUUUCCCCUGUAAAAUUACUUUGCUUGGAUUCCUUUCGAUGCAACAAUUUUUAUUGUUGGUCAUAUAUGUGGAGAUAUCUGGAUAGUUUAAUAUUUUUGAUUUCCGAAUAUUCUCAUUGUGUUACAAAAUUAACUUAUUAGUGAGAAUUAAAAAAAAAGAGAAUUUUACAGACCUAAAUUGCCACCUUGUUAUGUGUUAUCAAAAUUAGUGCAAAGGAUAUACAAAUCUAAUAAUAUAAGCAAUAAUUGGAAUCUUUUUUUUUUAAUUUUAAAUUCUAAAUACUGCUCUGUAUAUAUUAUUUCACGAUGUGAAAUUCAUGUAGUCAUGUUAUACACACAAAGUUGAGAAUUUCGAUUUUGAAAUGAUUUCGACCAAAUCAAAAAUACUAAAGUAUCCGGCCCGUUUUACCGCAGGAAUCUUUUUGAUGGUAUUUUUCAUACUAACUCCAUUAUGAAAAGUUCUAUUUCUGCUUUUUGUAAAUGUCUUAAUAGUAAUAAAAUUAUAGCAAAAACAUUUUUCUUGUAGUUCAAGCCUUGCACAAAAUUAUAAUUGAAUAGUAUGUUCCAAAAUGUAUUUGUAUUUUGCAUUUUAUAUCACCAUUGCUCACUAACAUAAGUUGGCAACUAGCGUUCUUCGAUGUAAGAAGUUGUUAAUUGAAAGAGCCUUUUUGCAUAUACUGCUUGUACAAAAUGUGCAUAUUAAUAUUGCUUUUAUUAAAUUUCGCAUUUUCAAACCAAUAAAUAGACAUCUCAAAAAAUGGUUAAAGCUAAUAGUAUAUACUUCAUAUUCUUUCACUUAUGUUUCCAAAACAAGCCUUGAAUUUUGGUUAAUCGAAGAAAAACUUCCUUUAGCAAACUCUCGCAGAAUUGAAUCUUUUUCAAAGUAGUUUAUGAUUUCCCUAUAUAUCUGUUAUAUUUUAACGAUGUAUAAAAAAUAUAGAUACACUUUUCUAUUCUUAUAUAAAUAGGUGGAGUGAUUUUGUUCCAUGUUCAGUAAUUAGAAUGGAUGUUUGGAUUCAAGUUUAGUAAUUAGAUUGUAUGUUUAUAAUAAUAUCCGGCUCAAUAUAAGUAUGCUCUGCUCAAUACUAUUCCGAAAUAGGUUUGAAGUUUUUUUUUUUUCAUUAUUAAUCUUUUACCAAUAUCUUUGUUCAUGUUUUUUUUCUUAUCACAUCCCAAGAUAUGUACCAUAAUUUUGGGCAUAACAAGCUCUUCAGGUUUUCUUGGCUUCUUGGCUUUGUACAUUUCUAAAACAAGUUUCAUUACUACAGGCUCAUAUCUCAUUAUGGUUGUGCUUUCGAAGAUAUUCUGCUGAAAAUGUAUGAUUUGAAUUAGCUUUGAAUCAACAACCAAACUAGGCUCCUCGUCACACAUUUUCUAUCGAAUAUUUAAGAAAAUGUACUUUCUGUAAUUAAUUACUGCACUUAUGUAGUGUCAUGUAUGUCAAUUUACCGAACUAACCAGAAUUUAUAGCCACGUUGUAGGUCAUCACACAAGUUUUGCUUAUAUUGUGUAUACUGGUCAUAGAAGCGGGCCCAUGUUUCACUUUCAAUUCAAUCCGACAUAAUGUAUAUGUUGGUUAUGUUCAUACCCAUUAUUAUUGCUUUUUUUCGUGGUAAAAUUAAGAGAGUUUUAUCAGGAAAAUGUAACAGAAAUGUGACUUUGCCUGAUUGGUAAUUAUCACAGCAAAUAUGUUAAUUUUCUUCCUGGAUUCCUCAAAAGCCCUUGCCUUCAAAUUCUAAUUGAGGCAAAUCCUUUAAACAUUUCUGGUUGGUACUUACAGAAUAGAGAUGAUAUUGCCAAUAUACCUUAGUUGUUGAUAUGUUCAAAGUUACUUUUAGACGCUCGAUCAAAUCAAUUGGAAUACUUUUUGGUAAUGUUUUAUGUAACUUCCAAAAUGUCUUUUCAACAACAAAGUUCGCGAAGCGAUGAGGGCAUAAAAUAGGGUAUGGUGAUUCAGUGAUUUUCCUAACCCCCUUCCACCCUAAUUUCAACCCACACUUUAAAUCUUAAUGUAAAUAAAAAUGUAUUUGAAUAUCCAGAAAGUGGCUUAUAUACAUGAUGAUCAGUCAAAUAACGCAUUUUAAGUAUAAGUUACAAAUAGUUUAAU